GCGAGAGUGAGCAUAGAUUUUUUCGCUGAAAAAGAAAAAAAUUCAAUUACUCUUCAAAAAGAUUUUUUGUUGCUACUUCACUGACAGUUAAGUUUUUGCUAUGCCGUGGUGAACAUUAUUGAAUUAAUUCGUAAGCGGACGGACACACAGACAACACAGUCUGGCCAAAAAAGAAGAAGAAAAUCUCACACACAGAAAUGAAAUAAUAAAAAAAAAACAAAGUAGAAACACAAAAAGAAUGAAAUAACCCAACCAAUCUACUACUGCUGCUGAUGUUUUUUUUUUCUUUUUGGUGUGUAACAACAAGAAAGUCAAAAAGAAAAUACACCAAAUACGCGAAGGAAACAAAACAAAAAUUUCGGAUAGAUUGAAAUGAAUUUUAUUCGAUUAUUUGGGUGAAAGAAAAACAACAAAAAAAGGAAAGGAAAAUAGUAAAAAAUGCAAUGAAGUGUAGCCAUUUGGGAAAUGCCUAAAAAAUAAUUUAAAUAAAAAAAAUAGAAAAAAAUUGAAUUUCAAAAAAAAAAAAAUAUUUUAAAGAUUGUGAGGAAAAAUAAACCCAAAAGGGAAAAAAACGAAAAUAUUGAAAUUUUUUUACUGAAAGAAAAACAAAACGUCCAUUAUUGUGAGAGUGUGUGCGUUGUUUUUUACUUACAAAAAUCAAAUCAAGUGUAUAUUUUUGGUGCGCGGCCAUUUUUUUCGAUUUUGUUCGCUGCUGCCUCCUCCUUCACAAUCGUUCAUCCGUCACCUACUCCACCUCACUCGCUGCGCCUCCGCCGCCACGUCCCUGCAUCUCCUCGUUCGCAUUCGUUCGUUUUUUGUCUAAGUGCGGGUUUUUUAGUUUGCCUGCUGCCAUUGUCGCGUUCUUCUGCUGCUACAACUGCCUCAUGUUGGUGUUUUUGUUGUCGUGCUGAAUUCGUGUGUGUCGGUCGGUUGGUCGGUCGUACAUACGUCUCUUUGUAGCCAAAGAAGGAGGCAAAAAACACAGUGUGGAAGAAUAAUAAAUACAAAAAACGAAAAAAAAAUUUUGCAAGUGACGAAGUUUUUUUGCGUUGCCCAAAAGAAACGUCAGCCAGGCAGCAACAACAACAACAAGAAAAUAGUGCACAACAAAAGAAAGGCACUAAAAGUAAUACCCCCCAAGAAAAAAGAGCGCAAUUUAUAAUUAACAACACAAAAAUAAUAAACGGAACGCAAAACCAAACAAUUUUGUGCGUGACAAAUAAUCGAAAACAAACAAAGUGAUGAUGAUGAGUGUGAAAUAACUUGAAAAUGCAAAAUUAUUCAAGAAUCUUUGGAAAAAAUAUCGAGCAGUGAAAAAAUCAAUAAACCUCUUUUUUUGCUAAACGAAAAGUUCAAGUACCUGCUUGCCCCCACAAUAAGCUGCGACAGCAACAACUACAAUAACAUAAUAAUCAUCAUCGUCGUCUUCUUCUUCGUUGCCAUCUCGUCGUUGACGUCGUCAUUAGAAGAAACAUCAUCUUUGUUGUUGGCGGCAUAGUCGUCGUUGCUCGUAAUAAUCUCAAAAAAAGUUUUCCCUCCUUGUUGUGGUCUUCAUCCUCUCCCCCACUUGAGAUUCAUUUUCCAAUAAUAAUUUGUGCAGUUAUUUGUGAGAACAACAGCAACAACAAAAAGUAAUUUCGAGCCGACAACCGACAACAUCUUUGCAUUCUAACACGUGCUGUUGCAAGAGGGGAGAAACAAUUUGUGUACUCCCACCCACCCACUCAGGAGAGCCAAAAAAGAUUCCCGUUCUUUGCAUAGUUGGUAAAUUUUUACCAAGCUGGUGGCCAGUUAGUUUUUAUCCGGAAAUCAUUGAAAGCGUACGUUGCCAGAAACUCAAUGCAAAGUUGAUAUUAUUGUGUAGCCAACCAACCAGCCAGCCUAUAACGAGAAAUUUUAACGUAAAAUUGAAAAAUCACUUCCUUUUAUGGCUGAUAUAUCAGCCUUAACGGCCUUAGCAGCUGCCUCAUCAAACGUCUAUCAUCAGCAUCAUCAGUCAGCUGCAGCAGCCGCUGCCGCGGGUGGAGCCGGAGCCAUUGGAGGAGGUGUGACUGCCAACAAUCUGCACAACUUACAUCAUCGACGACCGACAAUCGAUCAAUUACGUUCAAUGAAUGAUCGCAGCGUCUUAUCGUCACUGAGUCAUUUGACUACAGCUGACUUGCGUACGGCCCAAUUGGUGCAUGAAUACAAUAAACCAUUUAAUAUCAAUGAGUUUCGACAGAAUGUUGAACGUUUGGAUUAUUCAUUGAAAAAUGGUUUGGUUGGUGUUAAUCUGCAGCAGCAACAACAACAGCAGCAGCAACAACAGCAAUUGGUAGCCGAACAUCAACAACAGCAGCAACAGCAGGCUCACGAACAGCAGCAACAACAACAGCAGCAGCAACAACAGCAUCUGCAACAACAACAGCUGAAACAAUCUUACAGUCCGCCAAAUUCACCGCCCACACCGAAUAUGACCGAACAGCCGGAACAAAAGUACGAUCCCAAUGCUGCGCUGGAACAUCAUCACCAGCAGCAACAACAACCGCAACAGACAACCACACAGAAAUCACAUCGAUCACAUCAUCAUACCUCAGCGGCGGAUGGUCGAGAGACCAAACCCUACAAAUGUACCCAAUGUACCAAAUCGUUUGCCAACUCAUCGUACCUCUCCCAGCACACACGCAUCCAUUUGGGCAUUAAACCCUAUCGCUGUGAAAUCUGUCAGCGUAAAUUCACCCAGCUAUCACAUCUGCAACAGCACAUACGUACCCAUACGGGCGACAAGCCCUACAAAUGUCGCCAUGCCGGUUGUCCCAAAGCCUUCUCGCAACUCUCCAAUCUGCAGUCGCAUUCGCGUUGCCAUCAAACGGACAAACCCUAUAAAUGUAAUUCCUGUUACAAGUGUUUCACCGACGAAAUGACCCUGCUCGAACACAUACCCAAACACAAGGAUUCGAAACAUCUGAAGACCCAUAUCUGUAAUUUGUGCGGUAAAUCGUACACCCAGGAAACGUAUUUGGAAAAGCAUUUGCAGAAGCAUGCCGAAAAGGCGGAGAAGCAACAGCAGCGUCAUGCCAAUCUCAAUGUCCAGCAUCAUGUACCGGCUGGCGGUAUUGGCCUGAGUCUGCAGCGGCAAGUGGUCAUGAAUGCCGCCGCCGCAGGAGAUGCCAAUGCCGCCUAUUGGGCCAAGGUUAGUGCAGAUGGAGCGGUCAAUGCUGCCACCUUGGCGGAAGCCAUUCAACAGCAGCAACAGGCCCAGGCCCAACAGCAACAGACACAAAAUGGCUAUAACUUCUCAACGCUACAACAUCAACAGCAACAACAGCAGCAGGAAUUGCUACAACAUCAUCAACGUUUGGUUAAUGGCAAUGCCAAUGGUGCGAGUGGUGGAGGAGCCGGAGGCGGCGGCGGUGGUGGUGACAGUGCAAACAGUGGCAACACCCCCAAUCAUUCGCAAAGUCCCAUCGAACAGGGUGAGGAUUUGGUGAUACGUCAAACAUCGCAACAACAACAGCAGCAACAUCAUCAGCAACAACAACAGCAACAAUCCCACUCUCCCAACAACAUGGUAGUGGUGAACUCAUCCCCCUAUGAUGUCAAGACCACAUCGGCUUUUACCCCCAUUCCCACGGCACCGACCCAUCUGCAGGCAGCCGCCUUGGCCCAACAGAGAGCCGCCCCACCAACUGCUGCCUAUAUCUAUCAACAAAAUGCCGCUGCAGCAGCAGGCUUUCCCACACAGCUAAUAUCAUUGCAUCAGAUACGCAACUAUGCCCAUCAACCGGGGGCGGCCGCAGCAGGUCUGCUGGCCGGUGAUCAUCUGUUGGGUCUCAGUGUCACAGCCGGUGGGGGUGGGGCUGGCAAGGAUAAAACCCAAUAGUAUAACACUCCCUCAUCGUCGCCAUCGGCUUCGAGUACAAGUUCAUCGACCGCAUCAUCAGCUGUGGUUAAAAGGCAAAAAAUAUAUCACAACAGCAAUUCGGCUGCAGAAAACUAUGAAACGCAACAAUCACAACGUCAACAGAAAAGUUUGGGCUCUCCCGAGGAGAGCUGAACAAGGUUAGGUGUAUAAAUUGCCAUGUAUGUAGAGCAGUAAUGGUGCGUGCUGGGUAAGCGGUGGGGGUCUUCCUGCUACCACCACCACUCCAUGCAUAUAUAAUUUUUCCCUCCCCCCCACAUCAUCAACCACCUUCCAACAAACAACUCUACUUAGAUUUUUAAUAGGCUAAAAUGUAGAUGAAAAAGAAGAGGAAGAAGAAGUAGAUGAUAAAAUUUGAAAUACAAUACAUAUUUCAAUGCAGAAAAUGUAACAGAAAAAUGAAAACA